AUGUCCUUCUUUGGUAGCAAGAAGGCUCCGCCUCCGCCUCCCCCACCACCUAUCCCUCGCUCCGGCCCGAAAAUUGACGCAACAACUGUCGUGUCGCUCUUAGCAGUCCUGGCCCUUCUCGGCGGCGCCUAUGCAGCAUCCAUCAAAGUCCUGCCCAAAGCCACGACUAAGAAGACGCGCGUUCUGUUCAUCUGGCACCUAUUCGACGCUCUGAUCCACUUUGUCUUCGAAGGCUCCUUCCUCUGGAAUUGUUUCUUUGUCACGUAUUCGCUCCCGACUUCCUUCUCAUCCGCAUCGCGCCAUCAUCCACAAAUCACCUACUUCACGCCGCCAGAUGUGUAUUGGCUCGGUCGGUCGGAUUUGCUCUACGGCGCAAACUAUGGAACCGGUCCGUUCAGUCGACUGUGGCAGGAGUAUGCGAAGGCGGACAAGCGAUGGGGUGGUACCGAUCUGACCGUGGUCACGCUCGAGAUUCUGACGGUUUUCGUGGCUGGCCCAUUAGCGUGUUGGAUUUGCUACCUUCUCUCCAAGGAUGAAAAGAAAGGCGUGCUGAAAAAGUAUUUCUGGAUGAUAGUUCUAGCCACGGCAGAGAUAUAUGGAGGCUGGAUGACAUUCGCACCUGAGUGGCUGACGGGAAGUCCCAAUCUCGAUACCAGCAACUGGAUGUACCUUUGGCUCUACCUUACAUUCUUCAACGGUCUCUGGGUCGUCUUUCCCCUCUGGAUUCUCUAUGAAGCCUAUCAGACUAUCAGCUCUGCCAUGUCGCGUGCUGAAAUGGUCGACCUGGUGAAUUAUCUAAAGAAGGACUAA